UUUUUUUUUUUUUUACUUUCUUUAUAUAUAUAUACAUGUAUAUAUAUGAGUAUUAAUAAUAAAUCAAUAAAUUCUUCUGAUAUAGCCUCUAUUAGAAAUGAAAGACAUAUAAAAGAAUGUCCUGGAUGUCACUUGUUCCCUACAGAAGAAGAACUAAAAUAUUGUACAUUGAGUCCUAUUUGUUUUUGUAAAAAGCCAGCAGAUCGUAUUUUUACUCAUGAAUAUGGAGCCAUUUUACAAUGUGCAAAUUAUUCUAGAAAUAUUGAUUUUAUUGAAAAAGAAAAGAGUACAAAUAGUAACAAUAAUAACUAUUAUUUUAAUGAACAACAAAAGAGAAAGCAGAGAGUUUGUGGCUUCCAUGUCCAUGAAGGUCCUUGGAUCAAAUUAUCUCAGCAGUUAAACAGUGGCCAUUAUAUUUGUUCAGAAUACAUUGAACUUAGAACGUGCCCUAUGUUCAAUUUUACAUUCUGUGCCUUAUUUGGGGUCAAUAAUGAUUAUCGUAAAGAACCUCCUAAUUGGCCUUUAUGCUUUUGUAACAAACCUGUUGUACUUGACUAUCAAGACAUCCGAUAUAAUGAUUUACAAGAAUGUAUUAGUGCCAAUUUGAGCUGGGAUUUCAGGAUUUCUAUAAAAUUUAUCUGCCAAAGCCUUUACAAGGAUUAUACACGUAAAUGUAAUUGGAUUAAUGAAGCUAAUAAUGCUGUCUUUGAUAAGCCAAAAUUUCCAGUUCAUCGAGAAAUAUCACCAGACGUAUUUGUUAAACAUCAAAAAAUGAUGUUGUAUAACUUGAAGAACCAGCAACUAUAUUUUUAGAAUAAAAUGAAAUAAAAUGAAAUAAAACAACUAAAGCCAAAUAAAUAAAACA